AUGCCAAUCUACAGAAAUGGAAGUAUCUCAACAAUCUACCUUCAAGAGUUUGUGCUGGAGGGAUUUGAGGGUGGACUUGAGAUUCAAGCCUUGCUUUUUGCUGUGUUUUUGGGUCUGUACAUAGUGACUGUUUUGGGCAACCUUACCAUGAUCCUGGUCAUCAACCUGGAUUCCCACCUGCACUCCCCAAUGUACUUCUUCCUCAAGAAUCUCUCUUUCCUGGACCUGUGCUAUUCCUCUGUCAUUGCUCCCAAGGCCCUCUCCAACUUCUUCUCCUCAUCCAAGGUCAUAACCUUUGCAGGCUGUGCCACCCAGUUAUUCUUUUUUUCUCUACUGGUCACCACUGAGGGCUUCCUUCUGGGUGUCAUGGCCUAUGACCACUUUGUGGCCAUCUGCAACCCCUUGCGCUAUUCAGUGACCAUGUGCCCCAUGACCUGCACCCGCCUGGUACUGGGUACCUACUGUGGAGGCUGCCUCAACUCCAUCGGGCAGACCAGCCUUACAUUCCAGCUCCCCUUCUGCAGUUCCAACCGCAUCAACCAUUUUUUCUGUGAUGUGACCCCCCUGCUCCAGUUGGCCUGUACCAGCAUGACCCUCAAUGAGCUGAUCACGUUUGGCAUUUGUGGGCUUAUCAUUGUGAGUGUGACAUUUGUAGUACUGAUCUCCUAUGGCUACAUCACAGUGACUAUCCUGAGGAUGCACUCAGCAGCUGGACGACACAAGGUCUUCUCAACUUGUGGUUCCCACAUGACUGCAGUGACUCUCUUUGUUGGUACUGUGUUUGUCAUGUAUGCCCAGCCAGGAGCUGUGGGGUCCAUGGAGCAGGGCAAGGUGGUCUCUGUCUUCUAUACCCUGGUCAUACCGAUGCUCAACCCCCUCAUCUACAGUCUGCGAAACAAGGAUGUGAAAACAGCCUUGAAGAAGCUGGGUCAGAAACACACAGGCACAUGA